AUGACUGAAACUUUGCAAUCAAAUUCGAAUGAAUAUGAUAAAGUCGCCAUACUCGAUGCCGGUUCACAAUAUGCGAAAGUAAUCGAUCGUCGCAUACGUGAGCUAUCAGUUUAUUCCGAACUUGUUCCUUUGCAAACAUCCGUUACUGAAUUGCUUUCGCGUAAAUACAAAGCUAUUAUUGUAUCUGGCAGUCCCGGUUCAGUUAAUGAUCCAAAUCCAGCUCAUUAUGAUCCGAAAUUAUUUGAUUGCGGUUUACCAAUAUUAGGCAUUUGCUAUGGCCUACAAAUGCUAAACAAACAACGUGGUGGAACUAUUGUACGACAAGCUGUUAGAGAAGAUGGACAAUUUCAAGUCGAACUUAAUCAAACAGAAUGUCCGCUAUUUAAAGAUAUGAAUAAAUUGGAAAAUGUUCUACUAACGCAUGGUGAUAGUAUUGAAAAGCUUGGUGAAAAUCUACUAGUCGUUGGUAAAAGUGAAUCAUUUAUUGUUGCUUGCGCUGAUAAAGAAAAACAUAUUUAUGGCCUUCAAUUUCAUCCCGAGGUUGAUUUGACAGAUAAUGGCAUGCAAAUAUUCCAAAAUUUUCUUUUCGAUAUUGCACAUUGUCAACCAUCAUUUACUAUGGGCAAUCGAAUAGAAGAAGCAUUUACUAAUAUUCGCUCAUUCAUUAAAGAUCAAAUAGUAUUUAUAUUAUGUAGCGGUGGUGUAGAUAGUUCUGUAUGUGCUGCAUUGUUAACACGCGCUUUACCAACUGAACAAGUGAAAAUCGUCAGUAUCGAUAAUGGAUUUUUACGACACAAUGAAGGUGUGGAAAUUCGUCAAACAUUAUCGCAAUUUGCAGCCGUCAAUUACAUUGAUGCUGGCCAACGUUUUGCACAAGCUAAAACAUUUGUACGUGCUAAACCAUCAACAUCAUCGAAUGAUUCAUCGUCGAGUGCACAACGACGCAUAUCUGCAUCAUCGAAUUUCUUGAGUUUAUAUGAUGCUGAUGUAUUACUCGAAGAAACUUUACCAUUAAAUGAAGAAACUGAUCCUGAACAUAAACGUAAAAUAAUUGGCGACACAUUUGUGAAAGUCGUACAAGAAUUUUUGCGUGAUAAUAAUUUUACAUUCGAUGAUAUUAUAUUAGCACAAGGGACAUUAAGACCGGAUCUCAUUGAAAGUGCAUCACAUUUAGCAUGCCAAAGUGGUUAUGCUGAUGCAAUUAAAACUCAUCAUAAUGAUUCACCUAUGGUACGCGAGUUACGCAAACGCAAUCGUGUUAUUGAACCAUUGAAAGAUUUUCAUAAAGAUGAAGUACGAAAAAUUGGUUUAACAUUAGGUCUUCAGCAUGAUGUUAUAUAUCGUCACCCAUUUCCUGGUCCCGGUUUAGCUAUACGAAUCUUAUGUGCCGAUGAACCCUAUAUGCCCAACGAACAAUUUUCUCAAACAUCAACAUUAUUACGAACUAUUGUUACGUACUCAAAAAUGGUCGAUAAACAAUAUGCAUUAUUACCAACGUUAGAUAAGAUAUUUACAGAGAAUGAAAAAAUUCUUUUGAAAAAACUCACAUCACCUGUUCAACACGAUUAUACAUCAGUUGUAUUACCAAUACGCAGUGUUGGUGUUCAAGGUGAUGCUCGUACAUAUAGUUUUGCUGCAGCUAUAAGCUCAAAUGAUGAACGACCCAAUUGGAACGAAUUAUUUAUUCUAGCUCGAUUGAUAACAAAAGCCUGUCAUCAUAUAAAUCGUGUUGUUUAUAUUCUUGGUAAGAAAAUUCUUGAUGCUGAAAUUACUCAAGUAACGCGUACAUCAUUAACGCAGGAUAUUGUUGAUAAGGCUCGUGCCUGUGAUCAUCAUGCUAUGCUUAUAAUGAAAAAGCAUAAUGCAUACAGUGCAAUAAGUCAAAUGCCAGUUGUAUUAAUUCCAAUACAAUUCGACAGGCAAAUUUAUUUAAAUGAUCAUGAAGAGAUCAAUAAAAACGGUGACCACGUUAAUGAAAGAAUCAUUCCACUUACACGUCUUCGAUCCAUAGCGAGUAGUUUUCAACAUUCAGUUGUAUUACGAACAUUUCUUACCAAAGAUUUUAUGACGGGACGACCAGCUGUACCUGGUGAAACGUUUCACAUGGAAAUGUUGGAUGAAAUGUGUCAAACAAUAAAAAAUAACGUACCCGGUAUAAGUCGAAUUUUAUAUGAUUUAACAUCGAAACCACCAGCAACAACAGAAUGGGAAUGA